AUGAACCACAAAUCAUUAGAACCAUAUGAUGAUUACCACGAUGAUGAUAUAGCAUUCAAAAAGAAAAGCAGACAAAGAUUGAAAGUGGAUUUGGAGACAUUGGACAGCUCGGAGAGCGAAGAUGAUUUAGAAGUUCAAGAUCUGCAUCUAUACUUUGGAUCACGUAAAGAAGAUAACCACAAAGAAGAUUUGUUUGUAAGUAAGGACGAUAAAAUACUGAAGGAUAAUAAAGUCAAUGCGGAAAUUGAGGAUGAGGACAUGUUUGCAAGUGAUGAAGACGAGGUAGUGAAAAAGAAAGUUCAGUUCAUUGAUCGUGAUCAACCGCAAGACAUAAACCUGAGGGACGACUAUAGUAAUUAUAACCAUGAAAGAUACAGAGAAGACACGCAUCAGAAGGAAGAACAGGAUUUUGAUGAGAGUGAAGAAGAAGAUGAUAUAACGAGUAGUCAUAACACCAUCUCAGAGGAGGACGGAUCGGAAGUUGAUGAAGCUAAAGAGCCAAGAAUUGAAAGGUUCGAUUUGAGUGAAGAAAAGGAAUUAGGGAUAAUCGACAAUGAAGGAAAUUUGAUUAAACACGGCCUGGAGGAUGAAAAAGAUGCAGAGGAAGAAUACAUUUCUGGUUUCAGCAAGCAUGAAAUUCUUAAAGCUAAAAGAGCUGAAGAAGAAAGAACGAGGAUUGCAAAAGAACAACAAAUGAAUAUUAAUGCAAAUAAAGAAUCAAUUAGAGAUAUUCUUAAGUCGCUAAUAGAAAUAUUGGAGCCCGCCGAGACUCCAAUGGAAUCGUUAGCUAGAUUAAACUCAAUCUUGAAGAAAAAGAAAAAGCAAAAGCUCAAUGGAAUUCAGGCAAGCAGCGAAAUAACCUGUAUAACUGAUUGUUGCUCGAAACUAACAAAGCUGUCACUCUUUGAAGAACCAUAUGAUGUUACCAGGGAAGAGUUUAUGAGAGAAUAUCAAAAGGUAACAGGCUUGCAAUAUAUAAAUUCAUCGAAACGACAUAGAGAUGGAGAUGAAGAAGCUGAUGACAGAGCCAAUCAGACAAUAAAUGAUGACGAACAAGAUCAAACUGAAAACGAUUAUGGAGAAAAAAUAUGGGAAUUCAAGUGGAUUGGUGAAACCAAUUUAAAUGGCCCUUAUUCAGAGUAUGAGAUGUAUCAUUGGAAGGAGAAUUACUUCCAAAGUAAAGUAUUAGUUCGUAAAUUAGGGGAAGCUUCUUUCAAACACAUAGAAGAAGUAACAUUCAUUCCGUAA